AAGGCCCAAGCGCUGGCUGAGGACAAAGUAGCUCUGAGUGGGCUGAAGUUGUCACUCACCACUUACAAAAUGGUGCAUGGAUUGGGAUGAUAUGUUAAUAAAUGUGUUUUUUUUUUUAACCUGAAGCAAAUGUUGUCUUUUCCCUUUAUUUUCUUCUUUGAGUAUACCAGAAUGCUUAAUUUACAUGUUAAAAUAAUAAUAAAAAAAAGGUUUAGGUUUGUCACCAUUUUCAGCCCUUCUGAGUCUGCAGGUAUGAAAGAGGAAACCAACCAACCGUCACAAAAAGUAGAAAGAUGUGUUUUGUAGUCUGCGCUGAUGGAGGCUCUGCAGCGUAGCGUAGCGUAGCGCAGCGUAGCCAGUCAAGCUCAUCUCCUGUGGGGCUGCACUUCCACACUGACAUUGAAAGACAAGCUCACUGAGAUCUUUCAAGACAAACAACCAAGGGAAUCAGCCAGGACAUUAAUACUGCAGGGUUACAUGUGUUACCUUCAAGUGUGUGUGUGUGUGUGUGUGUGUGUGUGAGGACACCAGACACUGUUCACUGCUACAACCAAAAGAGGAGUUGAAUUGGAAAAGAUGAACAUCGCAGUUCUUUUUCUGCUUUCUGUUUUCACAGUGGCCCACUGUUUAAACACAACUUGCCCUGCGUCUGAACAUCUACGGGUCCCGCUGGAGUCAGACCAAACAUCGGUGCGUGUCCCAGUCAACAGUGAAGCCGUUUUGAAAUGCUGUUAUAAGCGCGUCCCCGCCAUAACUGUCCGCUCCGUCUGGGUCAUGAGGUACAAUGCGAAGAACAUCACCAACAGCUCGCGUGCGCUCAUGGAGGAGGUGCGAGGUAGCGAGGCAGAGGCCGUGUGUCAGAAGCUGACUCUGAAGGAGGUGCAGCUGAAUGACACAGGCAUGUACCAGUGCUAUCUCAGCAAGGACAAAUACUGCCUGUUCACACACGGCACCUACCUGCAGGUCUACACUCCCUUACGGCGAACCCUGGACAUCAGUGAGAGCUUGAAGAACAGCAUCAUCACCAUGGAGGGGGUACUGCUGCUGUUCAGCGUCCUCAUCCCUGGACUCUGUCAGCUGGGAAAGACAAAGAGAAUCAACAUGCUGGAGAGGAAGAAGCACAGAGAAGAGGAGAAUAUCUAUGAGGGGCUUAACCUGGAUGACUGCAACUCUACCUAUCACCAAAUCACCAGGUCCCAUAUGCAUGGGCCUUACCAGGACGUGGCUAAUGUGGCUGAAGAUGAUAUUCAGUUAGAGAAGCCAUGAAGGAACAGGACAAGGUCGAGCAAAGUAAAGGUUGAUGAACAGGCGUGCUGACUUGUGUGUGUGUUUUAUUUGUUUUUCAUUUUUUAAAUAUUUUUUUGGGGGGGGGGGGAUCACUGCUAAAUAUCAGGAUAUAUUGUAAAUCAUGAAUCUACCCCUGACUGCCUUCGAGGUCUGAUGUCACUCUGAUAUAUUCACAUCUGAACCCGAUACAGUUACAGUUACAGAUACAGAUAGAGUUACAGAUACAGAUACAGGUACAGGUACAGAGACAGAGACAGAGACAGUUAGAGAUACAGUUAGAGAUACAGUUAGAGAUACAGUUACAGUUACAGAUACAGAUACAGAUACAGAUACUAAAUCUGCUAAAUGCCUGGCCUUUACAUUCAGUUCAUCCCAUCGAAACUACUAACACAGAUGAAGUGUUAAAGGAUCCCAAAAUUAAUAUAAUUAUUUGCAGUGUUGAUAAUACUGUAUGUAAUUAUAUCUUUAAUAUUGGUUGUCAUUCGUUUUAAGCCAUAUUUUCACCUGGUUAUACUUUGUGCUCUUUGAUUAUGCUCUAUGUGCUUUUACGAUUUUCCUUAACAUGAACCUUGAUAAGAUGAGUUUUAACAGGCUGUAUGUAAACCAACUCAAGGUCUCUUCAAGGACCAGUGAGAGACAUUCAUGGUCAUGUUUCAACAAGACUAAACACUUUGCUAUCUGGUGUGAACAGCAUUCCAUGUGUGGACAUUCAUGACUAAUAAAGAAACAAUAAAGCAACAAGCUUUCUAACACCAAA